AUGGCAGAAUUUACUCCUGGCUCUCAGCCUCUUCCCUUCAACGGCUUUUUCCUCACACGAGCGGGAGCAAACCGGCUUGAUGGUGAGGCGCACGGAGGGAUUCCCCAAGGUGGCAGCUCCAAAGGAUGCACGUCCGACUGCGCCAAGCUAGCCGCCUCGCUCUCAUCCCACUGGAGCCCGUGGCCCCUGGAGGGGCCGCCCGCGCCUGAAGCGGCGCUCCUCCCGCCGCCUAUGGAGCUGGCAGCGCGGCCAGGCCUCGCAAUCCCCUCUUCUGGGGCCCCCAGCGGGAGCAGGAAGGAAAGCGGACGAGAUGCGCCUGGUGUCGCACGGCCUGGAGAACGGGAGCGGAUCCCCGAGCCCGCCGCCUCGCGACCCCUCCUUUACUGCCUCCAAUGCGCGCCUCCCCCACCGCGCCCCCUCCCCCAAGGCGCGCCACCGUCUCGCUCCCCCCUCCCCCUACACCCCCUCCUCACUCCAGAGGAGCCCCGCGUUCUGCGCCGCCGUCCCCCGCCGCCGCCAUGCCCAAAAGAAAGGUACGUGGCGCGAGCGCGCGGGAGCUCGGGCGCCGCCACUUCCACCGCUCGCCUCGAGCGCGGAACUCGGCGGGUGGAGCGGGCGCGGCGUUCCAGCCCGAGUCGGGCCGCGGGCGAAUCCUGCGCGGCGCGUUGCCCGCGGGCGCCAGAAGCCAUAUUGGAGGAGCGGCGGCGGCGACGGGAGGAGCCAUGUUGGCAGCUGUUUACCCCGCUCUCCUCCGCCGCCCGCGCCCCCUCCCCCACCGGCAGCCCCCUCCCCUCCUCCGGGGCGGGCGAGCGAGCGGGCGAUUCAAACCCGAAAGGGCGGGAAGGCGGCGCUCGGCUGGGCGGGCGGGGGAGCGCGCUGCCGCCAAAAAACUGCCGCCGCGAGGGGCGGGGCCUCGGCGGGGCCCCGCCCCCGGCCGCCCACGUUCGCGGCGCAGAGGCCGCGCGCUGCCGCCCACGAGUUCCCCGAGCUCCCGCCCUCGACGGCUGCCAUAGCAACGGCACUGGGCUCCGCCUCCGGAGGGGUUUGUUUGCACAAUCUGCAGCUGUUGCUCCUGCCUGGCUGGUGGCGGUGGCGCCGGCCAGCUUCCCGGCCCCGCUCCAGCUUCUCCCGCGCUUUACUGCCAACCUGCGGGGUCCUCCGUGCGCGCCUCGGGCUUCGCUCGGGCUCGAUCCCCACUAAAGCUACUUUUAAGAGAAUCUGAGUGGAUACGUCUUGGAAACGUGGUGUCGCUUUCUGUUAAGUUCCCGAUGACUGAGAUUUACCUCCGAGGUUACAAACUUUGGUCUUCUUUUUAUAGGCUGAAGGGGAUACUAAAGGAGAUAAAGCCAAGGUGAAGGACGAGGUGAGUGUUGUUCAUAUAGGGCUUGUCGCACAAGGCCUUGGGUGUGAAACACCAGGGGUCUCCUGUGGUAGGAUUUGGCCACAGCCCCGAUCUAGAGCUUCUUUUUGUUUCUUUCUUUAAUGUGGGAGCAGAAACUGGUGUGAAGCUUGUGCUUAUUUUUCUGACUUUGUUUUUAUUUUAUUUAAAUAGCCACAGAGAAGAUCCGCGAGGUUGUCUGCUGUAAGUGUAUAUAUACUUUGACUUUCCUAUACUUAACCCUGAGGUUGGGAAACAUUUUGGUGAUCCCAUCGGUUUCAUUGAAUUAUAGUUUGUGGCUGGUUUGGAGUAAAUCACCUAGUGUUGCACAGCUGGAGUCUACUGUUGAGUUCUGAUGGUAAUGACCCAAGUGGAAGGGCACUUUUAGUUUGCAAAAGACAGGCAACCCCAAAUGACAGGAGCUUUCCUAGCUGUGGUGUGGUGGGGUUGUUUCUUUUGGUGCAUCAUACUAAUAGUUUCCUCUUUCCCCUAUGCCUACCAAAAUAAGAAACCUGCUCCUCCAAAGCCAGAGCCCAAGCCUAAAAAGGCCCCUGCAAAGAAGGGAGAGAAGGUACCCAAGGGGAAGAAGGGGAAAGCUGAUGCUGGCAAGGAUGCAAAUAAUCCUGCAGAAAAUGGAGACGCCAAAACAGACCAGGCACAGAAAGCUGAAGGUGCUGGAGAUGCCAAGUGAGAUGUGUGCAUUUUGAUAACUGUGUACUUCUGGUGACUGUACAGUUUGAAAUACUAUUUUUUAUCAAGUUUUAUAAAAAUGCAGAAUCUUGUUUUACUUUUUUUUUUUUUUAAGCUAUGUUGUUAGCACACAGAACACUUCAUUGUUUUGGUGGGGGGGAAGGAACAUGUGUCACUAGCAAAAUGUCUCCCAAGAUGGAUUGAUGAUGGUUGAUGAAAGCAUCUCUCCUUGACAAUUUAAAGGUCUCCUCUUGGCUCAGGAGAGACGUCCUGGUGUUGACAUAUGUGGCCACCAUGGCAAAGAAUGCCUUGUGUGGGAAAACUAAAUUCAUUUUUUAUAUCCUCUUCCCCCUGUACCAUCAACAUAGACUUAACUCCCUUAAAACCAGAGACCUGUUGGAACCUGACCCCCUAAAAUUGGUUUUGCUGGUCUAUUGGGCAAUCUGGACUUUGCAGUGAUAAUUAUCCUCAAAGGAGCAUCGGUUCCUUUUAUAGACAAGAUUGUGGAUCUUCAGAAUGAUAAUUCUGCCGUUUUCAUUUCGUUUUUCUGAAAGUCAGGGUCGGCUUGUGAAAAGUUGUUAAACAACAUCCUUAAUGUGAAAUGUCAACCCUCACUCUAAGCUCUUCCCCUUUUCAAAGCAUUGAAUGAAGACUUCACUGGGUUUUAUAGUGGCUUUCUGAUUUUGGUAGUCUAUACAAGAAGGGAGUUUGGAAGUUCUUGUAAACUGUUAAUGAUUGUCUGCCCAUGUCCUGCCUGAAAUACCAUGAUUGUUUAUGGAAAGUAUCUUUAAUAAAGCUGGAUAAGGUUUG